CCCUCCAAUGAAAUACACAGAAAAUCCUUCUCUCCAUCUUUAAUAUCAUUCUAGUUUAUAUUUCAACAUGGUAUCAGAGCCUUCCGCUUUAGUUUAGUUUUUUUUUUUUUAAAUUCCAGUUAAUUUUCAGACUGGAUUCUUCCUUCAGUUCAGUUUUCAGAUUAUUCAGAACCUUCAGACACCAGUCUGUCUCUAAAUCCUUUCUUCAGGAUUUCAGUUUUCCGAUUCUUCAGAAACUUGAGUUCAAUUUCCCAGAAAAUCAAUUAGCCUGAGCUAAUUUCCCAGAAAUUUCCUUCACAUACAGUCUGCCCACCCGACCUCAGAAAUUUUCAGACCAUCUGCUGCUGUCGCUUCUCAUGGGAUGGUUAGGAUUCGUUCCAGCUCUUGAAUAAGCUGACAUCGGAAAGUGACGGUACCAGGCAUACGAGCUUCUUCCUUGACCGUACCAGGAACAGUGAUCUGGCAGCACAAGCUUCUUCCUUGCACCCUUCAUUUCUCGUCGGGGCUUGCUCUAGCAAUGUCCAGGUUUGAUUUGUUAAUGAUUCACAAGGAAGAGCUUGGGCAACUUAUGACCCUAGAGCAAGGAAAACCUUUAAAAGAGGCCAUCGGGGAGGUCACUUAUGGAGCCAGUUUCAUUGAGUUCUUUGCAGAAGAAGCUAAACGUGUAUAUGGUGAUAUUAUUCCAGCAACAUUACCAGAUCGUCGCUUGUUUGUUUUGAAGCAGCCGGUAGGUGUUGUUGGUGCAGUGACACCCUGGAAUUUCCCAUUGGCUAUGAUCACUCGAAAGGUUGGUCCGGCUAUUGCCUGUGGUUGUACAGUGGUCAUAAAGCCAUCUGAGCUUACACCCUUGACUGCCUUAGCAGCAGCUGAACUGUCUUUGCAAGCUGGAAUACCACCGGGUGUGGUAAAUGUUGUAAUGGGAAAUGCUGCGGAUAUUGGGGAUGCUUUGCUUGCAAGCCCACAGGUAAGGAAGAUUACAUUUACAGGCUCAACAGCUGUUGGAAAGAAAUUGAUGGCUGGUUCUGCUGCCACAGUUAAAAAGGUGUCACUUGAGCUCGGUGGUAAUGCACCAUGCAUAAUCUUUGAUGAUGCUGACCUUGAUGUAGCCUUGAGAGGAACUCUGGCAACAAAAUUCCGCAAUAGUGGACAAACGUGUGUCUGUGCAAACCGAGUGCUUGUUCAGGAAGGGAUUUAUGACAAAUUCGUGGAAGCGUUUUCAAAUGCUGUACAAGAUUUGAAAGUUGGUGAUGGAUUUGGUGAAGGCGUUAUGCAGGGCCCUCUAAUUAAUGAAGCAGCAGUACAAAAGGUCGAAAAGUUUGUGCAGGAAGCCAUUUCUAAGGGGGCUAAAAUCAUAGUUGGGGGCAAGAGACAUAGUCUUGGCAUGACAUUCUAUCAGCCUACCGUGAUUACUGAUGUCAAGAGUGAGAUGCUUCUCUCAAGGGAUGAGAUAUUUGGGCCAGUUGCACCUCUUUUGAAAUUCAAAACCGAGGACGAGGCUAUCCAAAUGGCAAAUGACACCAAUGCAGGCCUAGCUGCAUAUAUAUUUACGACAAACAUUAGGCGAUCUUGGCAAGUCACAGAAGCUCUUGAAUAUGGAAUUGUUGGAGUGAAUGAAGGACUAGUUUCAACUGAGGUGGCUCCAUUUGGUGGCAUGAAACAGUCAGGUCUGGGCCGAGAAGGUUCGAAGUAUGGGAUGGAUGAAUACCUUGAAAUGAAAUAUGUAUGCCUGGGAAGUAUAUGAACAUGGCGAUUUAGCGUAAAUGGUGAUAAGUUCUCACUUCAGUGAAAACUUAAGGCUGUUCAUAUUGAAUAAAUAUUCCGACAGUUUGGUUUCUGAAAUCAUUUGUUAUAAAGAUUUUUUGCUUUGCGUUCGGAAACUAUGCCGUUGCCAAAUUUUGGAAAGAUUUUUUGGUGUUUUGUUUUUACGGUUUUAAUGUUUAUCCAUUUACUGAUGUGAAUACCAUUUUUUAAUUUUAGUGUAGUAAUGUGAAAUUGUGAAUGUUACAACA